AUGUUAAUUAAGUUGUUUUUAAUUUUUCUAAUACUGUUUUGCAAAAAUUUUUUCUGCUUUGCAUUUCUAUCGCAUAACUGUUCUUACACAUAUUCGAGGUCCUUCUCUGUUAACUCCGUUCCCCGGUUAACCAUUUCUCAAAAGAUGGAAAAGAUUCACGAUAUCAACUCCGAGCUUCCCAUUCGCAGGUAUGAGGCUGACUCUCCCGAGGUCAGGAUGAUGGAGAACACUUUGAAGCAGAAGAGGCAGUCCUACCUGGACCACUUGAGGGCUGAGAAGAUGGGAAUCAAGGUUCGCAAGCGUCACAGGGGCGGCAGAAUGGACAAGCUCUUCAUCGGCAGGACCGCCUCCGCCACCGUCAAGUACCUUCUCCUGUCGCCCAUUAAGCUCACGAAGAUCCUCAGGCAGAUCAAAAAGAUGCCUGUGCUCCUUGCUCUUGGGGACUUGGCUCAGAGGGGCGCGAACAGGUACGCUAUCGCCAUCUACAAGGCCAUCAAAUCUGCUCUUUUCAACGCAAAGCGCCUCUACGGGGACGAGACUCUCAGGCCCAGGUUCAGGGAGCUCAGCGCCACCAACGGCGGCUUCAUCAAGAAGCCUCUUUUCCGCGCCAAGGGCCGCUGCGACAUCAUCAGGAAGCCCAAGGCCCACCUGAGAGUAGUGCUUUCAGUCUAA